UCGUGAAAGAUGUAGACGUCUCUCUGGCUCAAUCAACCUUCAGCAAAGUUCUCGAAGAAGUUCUGGAAGUUUUCGAAACUCAUUUAUGUCUAAAGUGGAUCAAAAUGUGUAAAGCUGAAGAGAUUAUACUUAUGUGUGAUCAUGAGCUUCGAAUUCAAUAUGUAGACGCCUCGCAUCCUGGUGCUUCUCACGACUCCUUUAUGUGGAACAUCAGUGCAUUAAGAAUACACUUCGAAUACGAGUAUUUGCGGAAUUCAGCAAAUUUUUGUAUUCUAGGAGAUGCCGGCUGUCCAUUGGAGCCAUGGCCUUUGACGACCUACAGAUCACCAGGAGAUGAUUCGUCGGAAAUGAAGUUCAACGAAGGUCACUCGCAAUGCCGCAAUAUUAUAGAACGAGCUAACGGAGUAUUGAAAAACCGAUGGAGGUGUAUUCUUGGAGCAAGGGAGUUACAUUACACUCCAAAAAAAAGCAGCGAAGAUUGUAAAUGUGUGUUGCGCGCUACACAACAUAUGUGUAUAUUUUAAAUCAUCCUUAACCAUAAUCGAAGAAACAACAGAAGUUUUCACCCAAUAUAAUGAGAACGCUGAAGUCAUAUCACUGGUCACGCCCCCUACUUAAUUGUAGCAAAAAGCAUUAGAAACAAAAUUGCAAGCUCUCUAUAA